AUGAGUCCAUCAGCACAGGUAACAUAUUUGCGAACAGUUCGUUUGGAUACCAGUGCCGAACAUAUUGAAAAGCUCUACAACGACUGCAAAACAUGGAUUGUCAAAAUAGAUGUUCCGGUAGAUAUAUAUGGAAAGGUAACCCAUGGAACCGGUUUUAUAGUAGACGGCGAGCGGGGACUGUUGAUCACCAACUAUCAUGUCGUAGCCGACAAACAGGAUGUAAUCAUUCAGUUUCUAAACACGUAUUACGAAUCAAAUGUUAUUCAAGGAAAACAAUUGUCUACUAAAUUAUUUUACAAACUAACCGGUCGUGUCGUUUAUGUUGAACCGCAACACGAUUUAGCACUUAUACAUAUGAAUCAAUAUGUGGCCAACUCGUUGUCCAGUUUAGUACUAUCCUAUAGCGAUGCCGAACCAGGAGAUGAAUGCAUAUCAAUAGGUUUUACCAAUAUUGAGAGCACAUUAAACAAUGGAUUUAUCUGUUCAAUGGCCUGUAUUAAUGAACUAAGUUUAGGAUCACUGAUGAACUUUUCAGAAAAAUGUACCGAUUAUUGUCAUACUUUAACCAUUCAUACGUGCACUGGUAGUUCAGGUUCAUCGGGUUGUCCCAUCAUAAAUAUGAAUGGCCAGGUUAUUGGUAUACAUUUUGGUGCCAAAAACAGUAAGAUCAACAGUGCCACAAAAGUAACUGAUAUUUUUGAAUUCAUUGAAAAAGGUUUACAAUAUAUGGACAACGAAUUCAUAGAAAUACAAAAUGAUAGACAAAAACGGUUUAAAAGGUUAUUUAGUUUAGGCGUCAUUUUGACGGAAUUUAUAGUUAAAGGAUUUACAUAUAAUGCAACACAAGUCAGACAGCUAUUACAAGUGAAUGACAUUAUAAUAUCAGUAAACGGAAUACAAUUGACAGAUUUGAAUCAAUUGACGGGUGCUUUGAAUGACAUUACAAGUGAUCAACAGGUCAUACAUCUAACAGUGCGAAGAGAGACUAGACUGGAGGGAUUACUAAGACUUUCAACAAGCGAUCAUUGGCGAGAUCUAUCAGCGGACGGAUCUCGGGUUGUGUGUGUCUACUAUGGUCCGGGACUAACAGCGCAUAUAGUGGACAGAAAAGACGGCAACACAACACAAUAUUACAAGUAUUAA